CGGUGAAUAGCGCUCAGCGGGGAUUCAGCGACCGACGGGGGAGAACCAUUCUCAGCGAGCAGCGCGAGCAGCCGCAGCGGGACAGAGUGAGAUGCCGAGCCGCGAACAUUACACAAGCGAAGACGCGACAAAUCACACCUUUAUAGGAUUCGGACGAAGGAUUGGACACUACUUUUGGAGAAACUCAUUUUUGUAUUCGGGACUUGAAAAAGAAGUGACGGUAUAAACGCAGAAGUGUCGGAAUCAGAAUAAGCGCAUCUCGGAUCUUUUGCUUUCUACUGUCACGGAGGAGUUAAAAGUCCAAGGAGGAAUCCUGAAUGGAAAAAACAAAGAAGAAGAUGUGAGACUUUACAUGAAAUCCCGCUGUUUGAUUUAUAUCGCUUCAAAAUGCCAGAUGUUGGAUUAUUGCAUUUGCUUCAACUUCAGAGAAAGCAAAAGAACAUGUGUAACCUGACUCUCUGUGUUUUACUCCUCCUGACGUGUUCCUGCUCGCCCUUAUCCUCAUGUCCUGCCCAGUGUUUGUGUGAAACCACGGUGGUGAACUGUGUUAGCCAAGACUUGAGCUCCAUCCCACAGCCCCUUCCAGAAAACAUCACCGCGCUUAACAUCAGUGGAAACGAUAUAAGGAAUCUGAACAAUGAGUCUUUCCCAAGGCCGCUGGAACAUUUAACACACCUUUAUGUGUCUGGAAGCCAAGUGGAGGAAUUGGACUCCAUGGUGUUUAAAAACGUGCCAAGUCUGCGUUUAGUUGACCUCAGCAACAACAGGAUUUCACAGUUCAGCGUUGAGGCUUUACCUCAAGACAACAAGAUCGAGGUUCUAAACCUCAGCAAAUCCUUAUACAAUCACUCCUACAUCGGUGUGUUUGCAGAUCUUUUCAAACACAGCCUGCCUAAGGUUUCCCAUCUUGAUUUGUCCAAUAAUGACCUGGUGCUCCUUCCAGAAGGCAUAUUCACAGGUUUGUCGGACCUCACUGUUUUGGAUUUGAGGAACAACUCCCUUGUUACAAUCAGGAAUGAUACGUUUUGGAAUCGGGCACUUAAAGAGUUGGACUUACGAGACAACGCGUUGAAAGUCCUGCCCAACGUGACCCUAGAGGAGCUCAGUUCGAUCCCUGAUUUGCGAGUUAGACUCGCAGGAAACCCCUGGCGCUGUGAUUGCAAUAUUGAGGACAUGUUGAUUUGGUUGGAGAGACAUCAGUUUGUGGUAGACAGAUUCAACCUAACCUGUUCUGACCCGGCUAGACUAAAAAAUGCCCCACUUUUAACCCUGAAACAAUCACAGCUCUCGUGCUGGAGCAACGCCGGAGACGCUAUGGACCGUGUGCUGGAGCCUUCCUAUGUGUUCUUGGGGAUGGUUCUUGCCCUCAUUGGGGUCAUCUUCCUUCUGGUCCUUUACCUUAACAGGAAAGGGAUCAAGAGGUGGAUGUACAAUAUCCGUGACGCGUGCAGAGAUCAUAUGGAGGGAUACCAUUACAGAUACGAGAUCAACUCUGACCCGCGGCUAGCCAACCUCAGCCUCAACUCCGAUGUGUGACGAGACACAUUUGGAGAACUGACUUGCACAACUGGCACGCAAUGAUCAGACGCUAGCUUUGCAUGAAUACAUAUAUAACUGUAGAGGUUUGCAGUGACAUGCAUUCUUUUUCACCGGAUAGGACGUUAACUGGAUUCUGCAAGCGUCAACCCUGUUAUGCUCGCUGCAGGCUCAUUCAUAUAUGCUGG